AAGGUGACAUAGAAGUAAUGAAUCAAGAGAUGUAUCCUGAUACACUCGAUGAACCCGUGUUAAUGACUUUUAAGCGAGACGCACAUAUCAUAUUGGCAAAGCUCCGAAUCGUCUUCUUUGCAAAUUUAACAAAACCAGAGAUACGGAAAGAUAUGGAGGAAUCCGAUUUGUGGGGUCCGUUGCUAAUCAGUAUUGGUAUAGCAAUACUGAUGGAGCCUAUCUCAUUCAGUAACAAUUCGGCUGUACUGUUGAUUCUCCAAUGGUUGGGCGCCAUUCUCUUAACUGUGAAUUGCAAAUUGCUCGGUUGCAACGUUUCCUACGUUCAAAUGUUUUCCAACAUUGGCUACGCCUCCUUCCCCAUCUUCCUUCAUAGUUGCGUUCAUUGGUUAAUUCACGCCAGACCGAUCAAUUUUCUAAUAGGCCUUUCUGCUUCUGUGUGGAGUCUGCGGACAAUCUCUGCGUUUCUGUCAAUCCAUAUCGACAAUCGUCGUCGCGUUCUGAUUCUCUUCCCCUGUCUUCUCUAUAUGUUCUUUAUCAGUUUCGCGAAUAUCUGCUUUGUUUGUUGCAUCCAACAGCCCACACAAAAACAAAUUGCCCUUCCAUUUCCUUCGUCACUUUCGCGCUCGUGCUCGCCUCCACUUCAUUUCGCUUCCUUCCCAGCGACAACGUCGUCAAAUUGCGAGGCCGUUUCGAUCCUAUUCUUCACUCAUCCGCCCUUUUCUACGCCGAGUCAUCGGCGGCGAGUCUUCAAACCCUCCAUCCCUGCAGUCCAUACACACAAAAUCCGACUCAUAUCGACUCAUCACCUGGUUCUUCCUACCCAUCACGCCUUUCCUUUCUCUCUCCUUCCAUACACGCAAUGCAAAUGA